AUGAGCGACAAUGACUUGGACGCGUACUACAAGGACAUCAUGUACCUCCUCGAGUUCCCAAAGGCCGCCUCCAUGACGCGCGUCUUCACAGCCAAAGACGAGGCGGCCGUCCGAGGGCUGCCGGCGUGGGAUCUCUCGCGGUACCUCGGCCAAGACACGACGACCAUCGUCGCUGCGUCCGACCUGGCGUUCGACACCUCGGCCUUUGAUGCGUUUGUCAACGCGACGCUCGUCAAGCGUGUCAAGACGGCGUUGGCACCCGAAGGGCCGUUCCACGCGGCGCUCGCCCACGUCGCGUUCGACGCUGUCGGCGACAUGAACACCUUUGAGGUCACGCACCGCCCACUUGGCACGUUUGGCACCUU